AGUACCUAUAUCGCAAGUAAAAAGAUGAUAACGUUAUAGGCUCUCCGUUAUUCUAAUUGCAAGAGAAGUACCUAUUGUGUUCUGUUUUAUAUUUGUUCAAUUAAAUUAUUUUGUUAUUAUAAAUCAUGCCGAGUGAAAUUAUUACCUUACAAUUAGGCCAAUGUGGAAAUCAAAUUGGCUUUGAAUUUUGGAAGCGUUUAUGUCUGGAACAUGGAAUCUCACCAAAUGGUGUUUUGGAGGAUUUUGCAAGUGAUGGUGUGGAUAGAAAAGAUGUUUUCUUUUAUCAAGCUGAUGAUAAUCAUUACAUUCCACGAUCGGUGUUAUUGGAUUUGGAGCCAAGAGUUAUUCAUAAUAUUAUGAGUUCCCCAUAUGCCAAGCUUUAUAAUCCAGAGAAUGUCUUUCUCUCAAAACAUGGUGGCGGUGCUGGCAAUAACUGGGCUUCUGGUUAUAGUCAAGGUGAAAAACUUCAUGAGGAAGUUUUCGAUAUUAUUGAUCGUGAAGCUGAAGGCAGUGAUAGUUUAGAGGGAUUUGUCCUUUGUCAUUCGAUUGCUGGCGGAACUGGCUCUGGAAUGGGUUCAUAUAUCUUGGAAAGACUGGCCGAUCGUUUUCCCAAAAAACUCCUUCAAACCUACAGUGUUUUUCCUAAUCAGGAUGAGAUCAGUGAUGUUGUUGUACAGCCAUACAAUUCGAUGUUGACUUUGAAACGCUUAACCAAAUGCGCUGAUUGUGUUGUGGUUUUGGACAACACAGCUUUAAAUCGAAUAGCUACCGAUCGGUUGCAUAUUGAGAAUCCUAGCUUCACUCAAAUCAAUACUUUGGUGUCAACAAUCAUGUCGGUGAGCACAACAACAUUGCGUUAUCCAUCUUAUAUGAAUAAUAAUAUGAUCGGAUUAACAGCACCGCUAAUUCCGACACCUCAAUUGCAUUUUUUGAUGACCGGUUAUACUCCUUUGACCACUGAAAAUGAUCAAAGUAUAAAUGUCCGAAAGACAACAGUUUUAGAUGUUAUGAGACGAUUGCUUCAGCCGAAAAAUAUGAUGGUAUCUAUGGGUCCAGAUAAGACAAAUCAUCAUUGUUACAUUUCGAUUUUAAACAUCAUUCAGGGUGAAGUGGACCCAACUCAAGUACACAAAUCUCUACAACGUAUUCGUGAACGUAAAUUAGCUCAAUUUAUUCCAUGGGGACCAGCAAGUAUACAAGUGGCACUAUCUAGAAGCAGUCCAUAUGUUCAAAGCAGUCAUAAAGUAUCUGGUUUGAUGUUGGCCAAUCAUACUGGUAUCAGUUCACUUUUCAAUCGAUCAUUGAAUCAGUAUGAUAAAUUGAAAAAACGUGGAGCUUUUUUGGAUCAAUUUAAACGUGAAGAUAUGUUUAAAGAUGAUUUGGGUGAGCUGGAUUUGUCGAGAGAUUUUGUUAAUAAUUUGGCACUCGAGUAUGAAGCGGCUACACAAGCUAAUUAUUUAAAUUUUACUUAAGUUUUUUUUUGGUAAAUAAAAAAAUUAAAUUUAAUGGAAA